AUGGCGCCGACUCCGCCUCCAACGUCCUCUUCCCUCAUCCCGGAGGAUUCCUCUUCAUCCUUCAUCGCCUCUUUUCAAUCUUUAUUCCCAACUUUCCACGUUGAAAACGGACUUCAAUUGGCUGUUACAAUGAUUCUUAUGAUUCCAGUUGUUUAUUUGGGAUAUCGGUUACACAGAACAUUCUUCGCAUUCCUCAAAGCUAUUUUCAUCUACGUGAUAGCUCCGUUAUUCUACAAACCAAACCUGGAACAAUAUCAACAUAGAUGGACAGUUGUAUCAGGUGGAACUGAUGGAAUUGGAAAAGCAUACACACUGGAAUUGGCAAAAAGAGGACUCCGGAAGUUUGUUCUCAUUGGAAGAAAUCCGAAAAAAUUGGAAUCAGUGAAGACAGAGAUUGAAGAAAAACACUCGGACGCUCAAAUCAAAACGUUUGUAUUUGACUUUGGCAACGGCGAUUUCGCUCGUCUUCGAGAUUAUAUCAGCGACAUCGAUGUUGGAUUUGUCGUUAACAGCGUCGGAACUGGUCGCGAAAAUCUCGAAAGAUAUGGAGAUAAUCCAGCAGAGGACACACAAAUCUUGAAGGUUAACGGAUUGGGAGCCGCUGAAUUCCUUUCAUGUGUCCUUGCUCCAAUGGAAAAAUCCGGCGGAGGUCAAGUUGUUGUUCUCUCUUCUUCUCAAGGAGUUCGUCCAAUUCCAAUGCUUGCUGCUUAUUGUGCAACCAAGGCACUUAUGACUUUCCUUUGCGAGUCUAUCGACCGCGAGUACAACACAAUCAACGUACAAACUCUGAUCCCGGCAUUGGUCGCCACUAAAAUGACCUAUUAUACUGAAGGCUCUACAUUCGUCGUAACACCAGAAAACUUCUGUCAUCAAGCUGUCGGUUCCAUUGGACUGACGAAAAAAACUGCAGGCUGUUUGAACCAUGAACUCCAAAUGCUUGGAUUCCACUUUUUCCCGUGGACUAUCCUCAAGUACAUCAUCAUGCCUAUCUAUUACCAUCAAAGGAAGCGUGUCACUCAACUACACAAUACUGAACAACAACAACAAGUUCCACUUCAGGAUAUGAUUGAAGAGCCAGUUGUUCCAACGAAAAAGGUUAUCACCCGUGACUCGGCCACUGCAUAA